CCUCCGCCUCCUCCUUUCUCUCCUCCCCAGUCAGCCAGGAGCCACGUCACCCAGCGCUGCUCCGGGGCUGCCGAGAGGACAAAACCUAACUUUGCACAGGCCCUGCUCAGAAGGGAAAGGCGGCAACGGGGACGCAGUUCUGGGAGAGAGAAAAGUCCAGGGACGUUGGGGCAGGGGACGUGGAGCCUUGGGAAGGCGGAGAGAAGAGAGCUGCGGACUCUGAGAGAAGGGAAAGUUCAGCCAGAGGAAAGCGUAAGCUCGGCUGAGGACGGAGCUCCCCGCGGGGUUUUACAGCUGCCCUCGCCCACCGCCGCCAUGAACAUCUUCCGCAUCCUGGGGGACGUCUCCCACUUGUUGGCCAUCAUCAUCCUGCUGGUGAAGAUCCACAGGUCCAAGUCCUGUGCUGGUAUCUCAGGGAAAAGCCAGAUUCUUUUUGCCCUCGUCUUCACUACCCGCUACCUGGACCUGUUCACAACCUUCAUCUCCCUCUACAACACCGUGAUGAAGGUCAUUUUCUUGAUAUGUGCCUACAUCACCGUGUACAUGAUCUACGUGAAGUUCCAGAAAACUUUUGACAGUGAGAACGACUCCUUUCGCCUGGAGUUCCUCCUGGUCCCUGUGACAGGCCUGUCCUUCCUGGAGAACCACAGCUUCACCCCCCUGGAGAUACUCUGGACCUUCUCCAUCUACCUGGAGUCCGUAGCUAUCCUGCCUCAGCUCUUCAUGAUCAGCAAGACAGGGGAAGCAGAGACCAUCACAACGCAUUACCUUUUCUUCCUGGGCCUCUAUCGUGCCCUCUAUAUCGCCAACUGGGUCUGGCGCUACCACACCGAGAAGUUCUACGACCAGAUUGCUGUGGUCUCUGGGGUGGUACAGACCAUCUUCUACUGCGACUUCUUCUAUCUCUACGUUACCAAAGUCCUAAAAGGAAAGAAGCUAAGCCUUCCAAUGCCUGUUUGAAGCCAUUUCCAGACAACGCCAGAAAUUCCAAAGAUGAAACUCUAUUGACCACAGCUUUCCUUUCCUGGCCCUUGUUGACUGAAGAAUGGCUCAGCUGGGCUUCACUCCAGUGCCAGGAAGACAGCGAGGCCAGGACAGCUGGUAUGCUUGUCACCUGGAUGAGACUCUCCCUCCAUUUUGUUGCGUUUCUUCUCACUUGAAAUCGGUGCUAAUAAGUAGUGCUGGCCAAUGCUAAGAAACACAGCUCGUUUUCUCCCUGCUCUUCCUAGCACCCACCUCCAUAACAUGCCUCUACCUUACCCCGAACCACCACAAGAAGCAAAAGGGAACUGUCACACUCCUCCAGUCCCCAACAAACGCCACCGUGAGGAGGGCGUGUUAUCGUGAGUCUGAUAACGUAUACAAAGCUCACUGGCCCUGUGUGCAACCACAGAAUCACCCAAGUUGGAAUGAACCCACAAAGACUGAAUCCCACUCCUGGCUCCACGCAGGACCAUCCAAAAUUCAACUGUUACACCACCGGUACGUGAACACCGCCCUCCAAAAACUGACUCUGCUUGAACCCCCCUCUAUUAAGGUCGGCGUUACCUUCACAUGGCAAGAAUCUUCCGUUCCACAGGUAUUCCAGCAUCCUCCCCACUCACCCAUCUCCAGUGAGGGUUCCUCACGUUCUACAGAUGAGGGACAUUUCAAUUAUAAUUCAGUGGGUCGCCAACAGAUGUUCCCAACCCCCUUGGAUUUGACUUCUUUUAACAACUGGGAAGAACGGGGGCAAACGUUUGUUUUACGCUCCAAAAACAAUAAAGACAAAAUUCACAGUU